AAAAGGACCCCAGACCUCUCCCCAAAAGGACCUCAGACCGCUCAGAAAAGGAGUCCAGAGACCUCUCCGAAAGGCAGCCCUUCAGGUCUCUCCAAAAAGGAGCCUCUCCAAAAGGGAACCUCAGCAGACUGCUUCAAAAAGGACCCCCCUAGACCUCUCCAAAAGGACCCCCUUGAGCUGUCCGAGAGGCACCCCGGACUUCUCCAAAAGAGAGGUGACCCCAGCGCUGUCCGAGAGGGACCCAGGACCUGUCCGAAAGGACUUCUGACCUGUCUAAGAGGGACCUCAGGUUUUUCCCAAAGGGACCCAGGACCUCUCCAAAAAGGGCCCUUGACCUCUCCAAAAGGAGCCUCUAUAAAAGGGAUCCAGGACUUUUCCCAAAAGGACCCCUUAACCUGUGCAAGAGGGACCCAGGACCUGUCCAAAAGGACCCUUUAACCUAUGCAAGAGGGACCCCAGCCUUCUCCCAAAGGGGACAAGGGUGCCUUUCUUGUCUCUUUCUCUUCCAGGUGUCUGCCCAGCACCCUCCCAACCUAGCCUUCCUCUUCCCACUGCCAUGGCUUGCCAGCUGUCCUCCUGUCUUCCUGGCUGGCCCUGGGGCUGAAGGAGCAGGGAGCUUGCCCCAGUGUACCUCCUGCCAGCUUGACUGCCAGCCUGCCUGCCAGCCUGCCUUCUUCUUUCCUGCUGGAUGCCUGCGCAGAGGAAGGAGGCGAAGGCGAAGACCCCCCUGCGAGGAUGUCCAGCGGCGUGGGCUGCUUCUGGGUGCUCCUGUCCUCCUGCUUGGUGGCCGUCUGCAGCUUCAGCUUCCUCUCCCCGGCCUGGAUUGUCAAGGGCCAAGGCACUGGGGCCUCUGGGCGGCCCUGGGUCCGGCAAGGAGCCCCCGAAGGCCAGCAGGUCACCAGCUUUGGCUUGCUCUGGCAUUGCCCCGAGAGCCUAAGGCCCCAGCAGGACUGCUACGCUUUCGGAGGACUGGGGCGCUUCCAAGAAAUCCCCUCUGGAUCCUGGCAGACGAGUGCCGUGUUGUGCGCCGGAGGCUGUGCGCUCUUGGCUAUCAGUUCCCUCCUGGCGGUCAUCGUCCUCUUCCUCCCCAGCGGACACUGCGAGCGCCGGGUCUGCACCUUGGCCGGUUACAUCCAGACCGCAGCCGUGUUCAUCAUGGGAUCCGGGCUUUUGGUCUACCCUUUCGGCCUUUCUUCCGAGGCGGUGAGGAGACGCUGCGAGGACGCCGGCAUCUACUACGCGGGCGACUGCCAAAUCGGUUGGGGGUACAUGUUGGCGAUCGUGGGCGUCAUGCUCUCGGUCUUUCUGCCCUUCUUCGCAAAAUACGCGCCCAAAGAGCAGGCCUCGCCGACUCCGAUACCCACCAUUUUAUAGUAUUUCCUCAGCGCUGCCUGAAGUGGAUUGACUGCCGAGAAUCCCUUCGCGGCCGUAAGGAAUGAGAGCCGAGGAGUAUCAGAAUUGCUCCCCAGAGACCCAAAGCGCAUCGGCGAGUCUUCCAUGUACGCUUGAAAAACUCACCGCUCCCGAUGGGCGGGAAAUGUGCCGAGCGGCGAACGCACUGCCUGGAACGCGUCUCGUGGUUUGAAGGCCUCAAAAGGAAGGAAGGAAGAGAAAGAGCUCUGGAUUUUAUCCUCAAAAGAUCUGUCUACCUCCCAAUUUCUUUGUGUGUGUGUGUGUGUGUGUGUGUGUUUGUGUAGUCUCCAAUCAUCAUCAUCUUUUUUAAAACCUGGAUUCACUUUUGUAUCUCCGCGAUUCGACGCCUGGACUUGUUUCGUAGCUUUUCGCCGGUGAGCGAUGAGAUUUUAAAACUACGGAAGGAGGCGUUUGCACAUUUAGUUUUACAAAAGAAAGGGGUGUCUUCCUUUUUAACGCUUUCGUUUGUCCGAUCCGUGCGCGCCAUCCUUGAGCGCCAUGCGCAGGGGGACCUUUUUCUACUGUCAAGUGUGUUGCUGUCAUUUGAAUUUAAAUUUUUUGGUGCUUUUUGUGUCACAAUACAGGUGACGCAUUGUGACGCUUUGGUUCAAUGUGUCAGGAGGCGCGUGGCAACGUUGUAGGUCUGGUUUUGUACCGUCGCGUGGGACGAACGUGGGCCAUGGAGGUAUCUUGAGCCCUUUCGCCAACUAGCCAUGCUCUCAAUGGCCGCUAGCAUGCGCCAACCCAGAAUGCUCCUCCUUCUCCUUCCACACUUAGGAUGCGCGAAGCUGGGCCAUCUUUCAGUUGCCAUUCAGAGCCCCAUUGGAUCAAUCACUGGUCCCCAACAUCCGCUAGUCCCAAUGGGAGAUAUUAAUUUGCCUCCUCCCCAAUUCAGGUUCUCCUUCCUGGUAUAAAGAUCCAUUCUUGCAUAGCAUCCUUAUGACAUUAGGAGAAAAUGGUUGUGGUUACUUCUUAUCAUUCUCUCGAUAACCCGCAAAGAGGAUUGCAAAGGGGGAAAGAGCCAUUUGUGGAGUUAGAGAUCAAUGGCAUGACCAACCUGUAUAGUGCAAGAGGUCUAUGGCUCUCUGUGGUGGAUCCCAGUAGGGACAGAGUUGGACUAUAUGGCCUUUGGGGUCCCUUUAGACGCUAUGACUUUGUCGGGUGGGUCUCAGUAGCGGCUGGGGACCCUUGGAGGUCCCUUUGAAUCCUGUGGACUUGUGUUCUUCAAACUCUAUGGCAGUGAUGGUGAACCUUUUGGAGGCCGAGUGCCCAAACUGCAACCCAAAACCCACUUGUUUAUUGCAAAGUGCCAUGUCCCUCUGGCUUUCUAGUAACAAACUCU